UUGUUGAACCGUUGAAGUUACAUUAAGUGAAUCCAGUUUUGAGAAAUACGAAUUACAUAUUUGGACUACACUAUGUCUCAAAUAUCUUUGCGACAUUUACACCGCGGUCCAACCACUACACUAAUCUUUACAAUUGUACGGAUCGAAGGAGACCCUGUUUCAAUAUCAUAUGAUCACACUAUUACCGUUGAUAACUUGAUACAGGCUUCUGUAAAAUUUGAGUACAUAAAAUGCACGUUUGUACCGUAUGUAAGAAUGAAGAAAAUGGAAGGUGUAUACAAUUCUCCAGUUCCAGUUACAAUACAAAGUGACGGAUUUAAAGAACAGUUUUUUUGCUCUGACUACUGGAUUGAAGUAAAGUUGAACCCAUUUGUACAUACUUCAGCAGGAAGAACUAAUUUUAAAUGUAGCAACACAAGUUAUUCGGACAGGGCACAUGAUAUUACCGCAACUUGUUACAUCAUUGAAAUAAAUGUUACCGUGCAAGCCAUAAUACCAACAGGUUUUUUGCCAAGAAAAGAACUCUAUGAAGAUACAGAGUCUAUGGAUUUUCAACUGCAUACAAAAGAUGGCACAGUGGCAGUACACAAGGCAGUACUGUUCCUUCACAGCGACAUGUUCAAAAUGAUGUUGACAAAUAACUGGAAGGAAUCUAAUGAAGGUCAGAUUAAUAUGGACGGUAUCACUGUCCAGACGCUUAAACACCUGAAGGACUACAUGUACUUGGGUAUUCUGCCAGAAGAAGGCCUGGAGCCGCUGCUGCAGGUUGCUGCACACUACUUCAUGGACAAGUUGAGAGCCGAUUGCUCGGCUAAGCUAGUAGAAUCGGUGAAUUCAGAGAACAUCAAUAGACUUAUUGCUCUGGGUUGCGAGUUUAAUAUACCAGAAUUGGUGAGAGGUCUUAUAUUUAGAAUUCCAGAUAGUAUUGUUAAUGAUAUGAAUUACUUGAAAAUUGAUAAGUCAAAUGACAAAGUCGUAGAGGAAAACUGA